CGCACCGACGAGGCGGAAAUGGGGAGAGAACUGCGUGUCCCAAACGAAUAUGGCUGACAGAAAGUGUGGCUGUAAGGGUAUACGAUCGUGUUUGCUUUGUGAAGGCAUAAACACACAAAAUACCGAUAUUAUUACAUGGCCAGAGAAUCAUACAAUUCAUUUCUACUGCGUGGAGUGUAGAAAGGCAUUUCUUGAGUUAGACCAUUCCAGUCAUGCCAUGGGAGAGAGCAUUCCGUUUCCUGGUAUCAGCAUUGUGACCAAUUUUAUAACAGAGGAAGAGGAACAGGGUCUUUGCCAGCAGAUUUAUAAAACGCCAUUUGUUGUUUCUCAGUCUGGGCGACAUAAACAAGACUUUGGGCCAAAAGUGAAUUUUAAGAAGAAAAAGCUGCGCAUGGAGAAGUUCACUGGUUUGCCAAAUUACGCCAGGACUCUUGUAGAGAGGAUGCAUUCUCUUGCUGAGCUUCAGGACUUUCAGCCAGUAGAACUCUGCAACCUGGAAUACAGCUCAGAGCGUGGUGCUGCCAUAGAUCCUCACUUUGAUGACUUCUGGAUAUGGGGAGACAGAUUAGUGACCUUGAACUUGAUAUCUGACUCCAUUCUGUCAUUUACAAAUGAUUCUGAUCCUUGUGUUGAAGUGCAGGUUCCACUCCUUCAGAGAUCAUUGAUAAUUGUGACUGAUGAAGCAAGGAAUGUCUGGAAGCAUGGAAUCCAUCGCCAUCACAUUUCCUCCACUAGGAUGGCCAUGACAUUCCGUGAGCUGACCCCUGAAUUUUUAGAUGGAGGGGAGAGAGCUUCAGAUGGACAACAGUUGAUAAAUAUUUCAUUGACGUUUGAAGGCUGUGCAGUUGGGUUGUAAAAUCAUGUUAAUAAGGAAGAUUUAUAUAGCACCUUUCCAAAAAUUUGCUUAGAGUGCUUUACCUAAGUUUAGGUUAGUUUAGUCCUUGUUACUCCUCGAGGAGCAUAGGGCUGCAACAACACUUACGUGACUAAUAUAUAGACUAAAUCAUCAACAACCAUUCACUCAUAUUUGCAUAUAGGAGACAUGCUUACUUCUACACCUUUCACUCAUAAUCAAAGUAAACUAAAGACACACGUUAUGCACACUUAUGGUCAGGACAGAGUCACUGAAGUUGUCGUUCUGAAAAGUUUAGACUUAAAGGAAGUAAAAGAUUUGUGAAGUGAUUCACUGAAAAUCAAAGCCUUAGUUAGCAGGAAGCACCUGAGAGAGCCAAAGAAAAAGUGAUAUUGCCAUUGCUGUGCAAUCUUAUAGGGAAGCGGAUAGCGUAGUGGUUAGAUCGCUAGUGUUCAAACUGAGAGCAUGCUGGUUUAAUACCUGAAUAAUGUAGUAAAACUUUCCCGACCCAGCUGGCGGGAAUGGGUACAUGACUCCAUAGAAGGUUGGGAAGGUAAGGCAGUGAGGGAGAAAAGACAGGCACUGCCCUCACCUAAAGCUGGCCUCAAGAAAAACGAGGUCUCUCACACCUCACCCCCUCUAAAAGACCUGAUAAUGUCAGAGGAUUACCUUUACCUUACAGUCUUGCAAAUAGAAGUAAGCAAUAAUAGUAGCAAGCAUAGGUUUGGAGCAUCAUCAGUAAAGUGCAACAGAUACUUAUUGAGACUGCCGCUGCUUUCAGGUUGGCCAAUUACCCAAAGAUCAGUUCUGUUGCAAUCCACUGGGCAUAUAACUGUGCUAAACAGCUGGUCAUAGGUUCUAGCUAACCCUCAGGAUCAUCUAGGUCAGGGUUAGAGACAAUUCCUUGACUAACAUUGGGGUGGGAGGGCAGAGGUGAAAAGAGUGUUAAUGGGAAGAAGGGUUAUGCAGUGAUUGUGCAUUGUUUCCAAUGAUGCCAGUUUUGUGAUGACAUUUAUAAAUAUUGGACAAUAUUGUUUUGUGAUGAAAUUUAUAAAUAUUUGACAAUAUUGUU